CACUUAUGAGAAGAGCUAAGAAGAACACAGUAGAUAAGCUGAUUAAGAAGACUAAUCUUGCGUUGGUGGUGGGAAGCUGCAGCUGGAGAGAGCAGUUUGUCUCUGCCGUCACUGUCAGCGCAGGUGAUGAUGAUGAUGAGGAGAGUGGUGAAGAGCGUCUCCCGUCCUGUUUUGACUACAUCAUGCACUUCCUCACCGUCUUCUGGAAAGUUCUGUUUGCCUUUGUCCCUCCGACAGAGUACUGGAAUGGCUGGGCCUGCUUCAUCGUCUCCAUCAGUCUCAUCGGAGUUCUGACGGCUGUAACAGGAGACCUGGCCUCUGCCUUCGGCUGCACUGUGGGUCUGAAGGACUCUGUUACUGCCGUGGUGUUUGUAGCACUAGGGACCUCUGUACCAGACACCUUUGCCAGUAAGGUGGCCGCCAUCCAGGACCAGUACGCCGACGCCUCCAUCGGCAACGUAACCGGUAGCAACGCCGUGAACGUCUUCCUUGGGAUCGGAGUGGCGUGGACCAUCGCCGCCGUGUUCUGGCGCUCCAAAGGCCAGGUGUUUCGCGUCGACCCGGGCUCGCUGGCGUUCUCCGUCACGCUCUUCACGGUGAUGGCGUGCAUAUGCGUGAUGAUACUCCUCUACCGACGGCGGGCGUCAGUGGCAGGGGGGGAGCUCGGAGGGCCGAGGACUACCAAGAUCAUCACAUCACUGGUCUUCUUCUUCAUGUGGCUGAUCUAUAUAUUGCUGUCAUCACUGGAGGCAUACUGUCACAUACCUGGGUUCUAGAGAGAGAGAGAGAGAGAGAGAGAGAGAGAUGGAGAGAGAGAGAGAUGGAGAGAGAGAGAGAUGGA